AUGUGGCACAGCUGCCGAGCAAGUUUUCACCUCCCCUGUGCUCUGGCCCUCGGCGAUGAGUGCCGUUUCGAUUGGGGCUCCUAUGUGAUGCUGUGCCCUGACCAUGCUGGCCUGCAGUGCAUGCCUUGCGACUCUGCCCUGAGGACAACGCCAGCACGGAAGAGACGGAGAGCUUCUCUGACCCCCAUCAAGAGGACGCCGCUGCAAGGCAGGCAAAAUGCACCAUCAGCCAAACGGUCGAGGCGGUUUGAUCAAUCAUGUGCCAAAACUGCGCAGAAGGAUAGUGGACGCGACUGCAAUGGAGGCAAGGGGAAGGCUGCAUCACGGCAGUUGUUGAUGACGGAUUCCAAGGGCUCCAAGGAGGAUCUCGAGGCACUCGCUACUCAGUCAGGAGCCAGGGCGUUGGCAGAGUGGAUGGGAGAUGAGGAGGUGACACAUGUGGUGUGUGGGGUGGACGACAGCAACAAGGCCACACGCACCAUCAAAUACCUGCUGGGGAUUUUGAGGGGCUGCUGGGUGGUCAGUGAAGCCUGGGUGACGCGGUGCCUUGAGGCUGGCCAGCUGGUGGACGAGGAGCCCUUUGAGAUAAGGGGAGACAGCCUGGGGGGAGCUGGGGGUCCCAAGGCUGGAAGGCUGGCAGCUGCCAAAGGCGAUCCACCCUUUCUGAAUGGAAAGGCCAUCUACAUCGCUGGCUCAUUCGAGCCAGGGGUGAAGGACAGGAUCAAGGCCCUCGCCACCGCCUCGGGCGCCGACCUGCUGGCUCGCCUGUCGCCCGCGCGGGCGCUGCCCGAGGGCCUGCUCGUCCUCAGCGACCCCGCCAGCAGGGCCAGCCCCAGGUUCCCGGCCCACGUGUCGGCCGCAAUGCGCCAGGCGGGCCUCAAGGCCCUGUCAUACAAGUGGCUCUUGGCCAGUGUGUCGUGCUACGAACUCAAGCCGACGGCCGACUACGUGGACGGCGGCUGA